AUGGCAUCCGAUUCCAUUCACCAAUCAGGCGGCGAGACCCCCGGCGAGCCCUCUGGUCCAAUGCCAAACUCAGAUCCGGUCAGUGUUGCCAGAAUCUUCGAAGAAAUGCUCAUCACCGCCCAACAGGACAGGCCAGGUGACGGCACCAUCAUGGACUUCAUAAGUCGCCGGCUUCGCAAACUGAGGCUGAAACUCCACGUCGGCCAUACCUCGAAGAAACCCACAGAACAGGCUGAGCCAGAAGAAAGCCUUAACGCAGAAGCCGGACAAAUUGAAUUCAACGAAGCCACUCCGUUCAGGACAACGGUCAAAGGUAAGAUCAUAGCAGUGCGGAUUGUUACGACGCUUCCGCAUGCGCCCCAACCAUCGGCGAGCACGAGUGCCUCUGUGCGGGAUGGCGAAAUGCCCUCCUCGGCCUCGCCGUCUCCGAACACUCUUACGGUCGCGGUGAGCUUUGUGACACUCACAGCCCCUUCACCACUUCGCUACUACGUUUCGGAGAGGAUACCGGCACUCACCGGCUCCGAGAGCCGAGCGGCUUGGGAGCGCGCUCCGAAAUCGCUGUUCAUCUCCAGGCGCAAGAAGAAAUGGCCGCCAGGGUUGGUGCUGUGGGGGCGGUUCAGGCGAGUAUGCGACCAUGGCACCAUCACAACCUGGCUUUUCUAUUUGAAACGGGAGGGUAUGGAGGCCGACUACAUGUCGAUACCGAACCGGUACUGUGGGGAGAUCUACAAAAUGCCCUGGAACUUUGGACUACCAGACAACAACGCUCCUGACAGGGCAACGUCGUCCUAA